AUGGGUCUUACAAGUCAUACGGGUUUAUUAGCUAGUUCUCCGCAGAAGAUAAGUUUUUCUAAAGAGAAGAGUAACAUAGAGUUAAGAUGUGAAGUUACUGCAGCACCGUUUAUGUUACGCCCCUACGCUGGACUUUACAAUCCUUUCUCGCACAAUUGCUCUGUUCUCUGCAACCACCCAGCUGAUACCAACACGAAGGAUUUCGUUAAACGUGCAAAGGAUGCCUGGGCUCUGGAAGGUAAGGGCCAUCACUUCCAAGAAGAUUUGUCGAAGUUCCAAGACCAGGCUGAUAAGGAAAAAAACAGAACUCCUCACGAUAUUGUUACAGAGGAUAUGUUUAGAAGAUAUGCAGAAACUGACUCUCGUCCGCUAACUCCAGCACCGACGUUAGCAAGUGGAAAGUCCAGAGGCUCUAGAAGGUGCCUUACACCAGACCAACCUAGGGAGAAGACCACCAUUAUAUUAGAUUUGCGCAGAAGUCAUAGCCAGGAGACGUUAUAUUACCACGGAUAUGGAAACUCAGAAAUCACGGCCGCUGUAACGAGUGCGACGAACGAGAGGUCAACUUUGCCCUCUUUAAACCUCUCGGAGGGAGCACAUACAAGAUUGGUUAAAGGGCAAUGCGAGCAAUUGCCCCCCCCUUGCUUCACCGCUAGUGUUAGCGAAGAGGACUGUUAA